GUUUUUCCCGUCAGCGCAGUAAGCUUAUCUCUGUGAUUUGAACAGUGAAAAAUUAAAUUACAAAAACGAAAAAAUCAAGAUGGAGGGAAAACUUCGUCCACUCACGGCAAACAACAAGCCAUUUGUCUUUGGAGGCAUUUACAAUCCCAAUGCCACCGUCAAGCCUUUGAUCCAAAUGCCGUUGCAGGCCGCCAAUGUCCAGGAGCAGCAGUCUCCUCCGGUGGCUUCAUAUCCGACACCGGCCACUCCGGUGGCUGUUCAGCAGCCAUCGACUCCUGUCCCGUUCAAGUGCCGAACUCGUCCGUCCAACAGCAAAAUCCGGAUGCGGACGCCAUCGCCUCGAAGCUGGCCUUGCCAGUUAUCAUCAAGGAGGAGCCGAUCUCUGUCGACGAUGAACCGUCCGUCGACAUUAUAGAGGACAAUACCA